AUGCCUUUUUUUUUAAUAAUAGUUUUAAUUAUCAUUAUUAUUAUUAUUUUUCCAGAACUUCCAAAAUUUGGCGAAUCAAUAACAAACGUUACGGUACCCGUUGGAAGAGAAGCAGUCAUGGGAUGCAUAGUCGAAGAUUUAGGAGCAUAUAAAGUAGCGUGGUUAAGAGUUGAUACUCAAACGAUAUUAACGAUAGCAAAUCACGUGAUAACUAAAAAUCAUAGGAUCGGCGUCACACACAGAGAUAGACGUACCUGGUUUUUACACAUAAAAGAAGUUCGAGAAUCGGAUAGAGGAUGGUACAUGUGUCAGAUAAAUACGGAUCCGAUGAAAAGUCAAGUUGGCUACAUUGAAAUCGUCGUACCACCGGAUAUACUUGAUUAUCCCACGAGUACGGAUAUGGUUGCAAGAGAAGGAAGUAAUGUUACGAUGAGAUGUGCAGCCAAAGGAAUGCCAGAACCUAAAAUAAUAUGGAAAAGAGAAGGAGGAGAAACGAUACCCGUUGGACAGGGUCAAGAAGUUUCAAGCGUUGAUGGAUCCGUUUUUAACAUAUCCAGAGUUAGCAGACUUCACAUGGGUGCUUAUCUUUGCAUUGCUUACAACGGUGUUCCUCCUAGCGUUAGUAAAAGGAUAACGUUAAUCGUUCACUUUCCUCCGAUGAUUUGGAUACAAAAUCAACUCGUUGGAGCUUUCGAAGGACAAGAAGUGACCUUGGAAUGUCAUUCAGAAGCAUAUCCUAAAUCAAUUAAUUAUUGGACUGGAGAUAGAGGAGAUAUAAUAGCACAAGGUAACAAAUACGAACCACAAUUAGUAGACAAUGCAUAUAAGGUUCACAUGAAGCUCAUUAUAAAAUCCGUUUCCGCUUCAGAUUUUGGCACGUACAAGUGCGUGUCGAAAAAUUCCUUGGGGCACACAGACGGAAGUAUAAAACUAUAUCACGUACCUGAAUUUGUUGGACCCAUCAAAAACGUGACAAUAACCGUUGGAAGAGAAGCAACGUUGGAAUGCGUUGUUGAUAAUUUAUCAACGUACAAGGUGGCCUGGCUGAGAGUGGACACGCAGACAAUCUUAACGAUAGCCGUUCACGUGAUAACAAAAAAUCACAGGAUAUCAGUUACGAAUAGUGAUAAGAAAACUUGGUUUUUAAACGUUCGAGACGUUCGAGAAUCGGAUAGAGGAUGGUACAUGUGCCAAAUAAAUACGGAUCCGAUGAAGAGUCAAAUGGGAUAUUUGGAAGUCGUAGUACCACCGGAUAUACUAGAUUAUCCGACGAGUACCGAUAUGGUGAUAAGAGAAGGAAAUAACGUGACUUUACAAUGUGUCGCAACAGGAUUUCCGACGCCGACGAUCGUUUGGAAACGCGAACAGGGAGAACCGAUAAGUUUAAGCAACGGAGAAGAAGCUCUUUCCGUGGAAGGUUCCGUUCUCACGAUAACAAAAGUUAACCGUCUUCAUAUGGGAGCAUAUCUUUGCAUAGCGUCCAACAGAGUUCCUCCUUCCGUCAGCAAAAGAAUCAUGUUGAUCGUACACUUUCCUCCGAUGAUUUGGAUACAAAAUCAACUCGUCGGAGCUCAAGAAGGUCAACCCAUGACCCUACAAUGUCAUUCGGAAGCUUUUCCAAAAUCAAUUAAUUACUGGACAAGAAAUGGAGAAACAAUUGCUCAAGGUUUAAGUGGUAAAUACGAACCCGUUCUUAUCGAUAACGCGUACAAAGUUCAAAUGAAAUUAACGAUAAAAUCCGUUACGAUUUCGGAUUAUGGAUCGUAUAAAUGUAUAUCGAGGAAUUCGUUAGGGGAAACCGAUGGAGAAAUUAAAUUGUAUCAUAUUCCAAAAUCGACUACGACGACGACUACUACUACUACCACUACCACCACCGCAAAGCCUUUUUCGACUAUGACGGAAUCAUUAUUCACGAUAUCGCCUUCAUCAUCGACUUUUCAACCCCAUAAAAAAUCAAAUGAUAAAAAACAAAAUGGAAAAAUGAUAAAACAAAAACAAAAAACAAAAGACAAACAACGUCCCCCAACCGAUUUUGAUAAUGAUAAUAAAAUUUUAACCGAAACACAAUCGUCUUAUCCUAGCAAGGAAAAAGGUAUUCAAUUAAGGAGUCAAAAAGGCGGUGAUACACGAUUACAAGAGAAAAAAGGAAAAUUAUCCGGUUCAACAGGAAGACUGUUUAACCAACAACAACAACAACAACAAAACCUUAAACCAGAAAAAUGA